GGUUCCUGUUUGAUGAAAGAAGGUGCAUUGUGGCGGGUGAUUUUAGCGCUGAAGUAAGUCUUGUUGUUGCCGAAACAACAGCUUCCACUUUCUCUCUUCGCAACUCGAAACUCGAAUCCAAACUUUUCUCCUCAACCUGUAAUCGAUCACUGCGUUUGAGAAAUGGCGUUGGCUAGUCGCUUGCGAUCCACCAUCCCCGUCCUCAGCAAGUUUUUGAGAUCCGAAUCGUCCUGCACUCCGGUACUGCUCUCAAGGACUUAUGCCGCUACUUCAGGGAAACAUGAACAAAAAGUGAAGAUGCCUCUUGCUUUGUUUGGAGGGUCUGGAAACUAUGCCUCUGCUUUGUAUAUAGCUGCAGUAAAAGCUAAUUCUCUAGACAAGGUGGAGUCUGAGCUUUUUAAUCUCGUUGAGGCUAUUAAGAAAAGUCCUACAUUUGCUCAGUUCACAAUGGACCUGUCUGUUCCAGCUGAGACUAGAGUUAAAGCUAUCGAUGAAAUUUCUGCUGAAGCAAAAUUUUCAGAGGUUGUUAAGAACUUUUUGGUUGUGUUGGCUGAGAAUGGGAGGCUGAGAUAUAUAGAUAGCAUAGCAAAGAGAUUUUUGGAGUUGACUAUGGCUCAUAAGGGAGAAGUUAAAGCAGCUGUUACAACUGUUAUUCCCAUUCCACCACAAGAAGAGAACGAACUGAAGGAGACAUUGCAAGAUAUUAUUGGACAAGGCAAGAAGGUUAAGCUCGAGCAAAAGAUUGAUCCCAGCAUACUUGGUGGUCUAAUUGUAGAAUUCGACGAGAAAGUAUUUGACAUGUCUAUUAAAACCCGGGCACGUCAAUUGGAGAGGUUCUUGCGCCAACCUGUUUCUCUUGAUGGCCUCUAGAAGGAUGUUUAACUUCUGUGUCACAGUGUCAUCAUCUGAAGCUAUUUGACAUCUUUUUUUUCUUUUUCCUCGAUUAUUUUUGUUACAUUUUUACCUCAACUUGAUAUGAUGGUACACCACCAUCUAGAUGGAAAUAAGAGUUUCAGCUUUUUAUGUAGAUUAUAAUCUUGUAAGAGUUACUUGGUUUAAGAGUAUCUUAUUCCUGGAUACUAAGUUUACUCCCAAAUAACGACCAGUCUAACGUUAUCAACAGAGUCUUGGCUUCAUAUCUUACUGUCCAAUUGUUCCUUCGAGGUUGAAAAUAAAGAUUGUUCUGUGAUUGCUUCCUUUUGUUA